AUGGCUUCCAUCGUCACGCGUCUUGCUUCUCGAACACUCGCUACACCGAGGAGAGAGGAAAAGAUGGAGAUCUCGGAUAGACCGGCAAAGGCCCUCUCUGUCUCCGCCACUCGCGCCGCCUCUUCACCUGCAUCAGGCUCGCCCGGCGACGUGCGAAGAUCUGCUCAAGCUCGCUCGGCGUUCAGGAGAGACAGAAGAAAUGACGAACACAGACGAAAUGGGCGAGAAACCGCGGCACACCCUCUAGAAGAGAGAGGAAACCAAGGCGCAGGAGAGAGAAGAAGCCAACGCGACGGAGAGGCAAGGAAUCGGUUAGAGGAAGAGGGAGGAAAUCGACAGGGAGCGAGAGCGAAGCAGUAUGACGAGUACGUGUCUUGGCAGAAGGCCCAAGUCGGCGUGGCUGAUGGGGUGUAUAUGAUCUUUGAUCGGGAAGACGUCUUCCUUUCCUCAAUCAUCAAAGGAAGGGGUUUCCUCGAGCUGGACAAUUCCGCGGUUUUCCUCGCUGUCUGCAGGGCGUACUCCGCCUCCACGAUUGCAAGCUUUGGCGCCGAGCUGUGGACGCGUUCUCUCUCGGCGACGCUACCGACGCAGCCGCUCGCGCCUCACUAUCUCAAGAUCGUUGCGCAGUUUGAGCGUACCUCUUCAAACGAUCCUGCAGUCACCUCAUCCGGGAAACUCGGCGCGUUUUCCACCGCACGCGAGCACUUCCUCUUGCGCCAUGACGCUUUGAGCGAAGCCGCGUGCCUGGACCUGGUCCGAGAAGGCAAACUGUUGAGGACCGCAAAGGUCGUCUUCGUCGACACGCGCACGUUGACUCCAGAUGAGAAAGCACACUUAGUCCCUCCGCUGGUUAUGGAGGAGGAAGAGAAAGAAACGAACAAGAAGGAAGAGGAGCAUGCGUUGAGAAGAGCGGAGUUUCGAGGCGAUGCGGAAGUAGCGCUGGACGGACGCUCGCAAGGAGGCAACGCCGAGGUCGCGCAUGUCGCCGCCACACCGGCGUGGACGCACCGGAAACUCCUCCACAACCGGACUUUCAUCUGCACGCUUCGAGGGAACCACGCUAACUCCCGCAUUUUGCCGGAAGACGAUACCACCGUUUUUCCGAAUGAUACACUCCUGAGAGCGAUUCCUCUUGACAAACGCAUCAGCUGGAUUUUGGUUCCUCUUCGAGAAGCACAGAAGUGGGAGUCGCUCCCUGGCCUUCUCGACAAGCAGCGACUGUACCUCGUCAACAUUGACGUCUGGGACGCCUUCAGUGUUCUGCCCAGAGGAAGCAUAUUGACGUAUAUCGGUCCGGCGGACUCCGUGAAGACGAUCGAGCGCUGCUGCAUGCUCCAGAACGAUCUCCAAACCCAUACGUUGCCUCACAGCGCAGAGGCGCUUGCAGAGACCGACGAGAUUGUGCGCCAGGCAGAAGAGUCUUUCGAGGCGGAAGCAAAAAGACGCGUCGACCUCAGAGGGGCGCGCCGCAUCUUCACCAUCGACCCUGCGUCUGCGCGGGACCUCGACGACGCCGUUCACGUCCAUCGCCUGCCGCCUCGUGCGUGGACAGCGAAGGCUCCAGAAUUCGAAAUCGGCGUGCACAUCGCCGACGUCGGCCAUUUCCUCAGGCCGCUCUGCAGAACCGACGAGGAGGCGAGAGAGCGAUGCACCGCUGUGUACCUGACCCACGUCGUGUUCCCCAUGCUCCCGCGAGCGCUCUGCGACUCGCUUUGCAGUCUCCAUCUCGGGUCUCCGAAGCUGACUUUUUCUGUCACGUUCCGAGUCCGCAAAGACGGAUCUCUCGUCAAGGCCUGGCGCCCGAGGUUCUACAAAUCGGUCCAGGUUUUGAUUGAUGGCGGCGAUUUCCCCCCCGACGCUCGGCCUCCUCUCGCAUCGCCCUGCGCGUCAUCCGCGUCCCUCACCCUAGGGACUUGCGGCUGCUUCGUCGCCGUCUCGUCGCGAGCGUCGUCCUCCCGCUCUCCAGCCAGCCUCGGCCGUUCUGCAGACGCCUCUCCUGCGUCUCGUGCGUCUCCGGAGCCUCCCGCUGAGGCAGGGAAUGGCGAGGGUUCUCCCUCUUCGUUUCCUUUCGCGCCUCGCGCACAAGUUCUGGAAAAGUGCAUCUGCUGCGGGCGGUGCACGGCGUGCUGCGAGUGCGGCAGAGACGCGGCGACGACGCGAAAAGACGAUGAAGGCGGCAAAGACCAACUCCCAGAAGAAGGCGAACGGACGCCAACGAAGGAAAAGGGAGACGAACGCAGUGGUGUAGACGUCUCCUGGAAAGCUGUCGUCGAGGACCUGAAACUGCUCGACACCUUGACUGUGGGAAUUCGAAAAAAGCGAUUUGCGAACGGUUCGCUGCUCCUACACAAAGCGACUCUCCGCUUCGCGGUGGACGCCCGAUCGAGACCCACAGGCUGGCACCUUGAGGAGCACUCGCGGUCGCACACGUUGAUUGAGGAGUUGAUGCUUCUAGCCAACUGCCUCGUCGCAGAGAGGCUCAUCGCGAGCCCAUUCUCCGAUUUGUCUGUACUUCGGCUCCACCCUCCUCUCCUGGACAAACAGAUAAAGUCUCUCAAAGCAUUCCUCAGCAAGAUGGAAAUUGCGACGGAUUUUUCUUCGUCGAAGGCAACGCAAAAAACCCUCGAGGACACCCGAAAAACGAACGGCGACUGCGCGGCAGUUGCAGUUGAGGCGCUUUUGAGGAAGGCUCUGAAACUCGCCAUGUACUACGUCCAUGGCGACACCCUCCAACCUCAUUUUGCUCUCCACUUUGACGAAUACACUCACUUCACCUCGCCCAUACGGCGGUACGCCGAUGUCCUGGUGCAUCGUCUCCUUGCCUGCAUCCUCGAGUGGGAAUGGCGCGACCAAACGAAGCCUCCCCUGUCGGCUCCUUCUUCUUCUGUAUCUCCUCGUGGGAGAGUGGGGAAGGGAGAGGAGUCACCGGCCCUCGCGGCGUUCAGAAAGAACGUGGAGACGAUUUGCGGAGACAAGGAUCAACUGGAGGGCCUUUGCGGCCAGUGCAACGCUAAGAAAAUGAACGCGAAGCAGGCGCAAACAGACUGCGACCGAUUCUUCCUCGCAAUUCACCUCAAACACAGGAAACAACCCGAGGCGACAGUUGGUGUCGUCUUAAUGCUACAGGAUCGCUCUCUUGUUGUCUUUCUUCCUCUUCUCGACAAAGAACAACGGAUCGCGUUUCAAACGGAAGACGCCCGUGAACAGGCACUCCACAGCGUCGACACCUCUAUACAGAAGAGCGUCACCCUCCCUCUUCGGUUCCACCGGGCGUCGCCAACCGAGGCGUUUUCGGCUGCUCCGGUCCAUGUGGUGCCGACUAACUCGGUGCCUGCGGAUUUUAUGCUGACUCUCAUCUCGCCAUUCUCGCCUGACUAUGCGAGAGUGAAGGCGCGAGAAAACGAAGCCUUUUCCUUUUUUCUGGCUGGUUCCAUGAAUCAGCGUUUGCUGCUGCAGGAUUCACAACUUAGCUUGCUGUCGAUCCUGCGUCCCAUUGUCUCGGGCGCAGAAAUGCUAGGCAUGACAGAGAGCGUGUGCGCCUCAGAGACUCACGAAAGGUCGUAG